CACACUUUUCUCUGUUGUCUCUCUUUAUUUACUACCUAACUUUGUUGUCCUAAUUCAUGUCCAGAUAUUUAUAGCUCUUGCUGCUACCCUCCAAGAACCCGAAAGUUACAGCUCCGAUAUCAUUAGAAAAAAAGAGCACUGGAUAAACCCCAUCAUUUCGGAACCUCCUCACAAAAAGAUAACCGUUGAUAAUGAACACGGUGGCAAAGCUUCACCUUCGGCCGCCGCCUGAUUAUCACCGCCACACCCGCGGCCAAUUCCUUAGCCGCCGCCUUAUUUGGGACCCUUCGGUUUGCGUCAACGGUCGUGGAAGAAUUUGGGCUCGACCAUGCAUCAAGUCUGAAGAGGAAAAGUGCUGUGUUGAAGUGGAAACGAUCAAUCGUUUCGAGUCGAGAAAAGGUGUGAAUAAAUUCGUGGGCCUUGUUAGAAAUGCUGUGUGGAAAGUCUCCAAACCCAGCCUCCGAUCACAGCCCAAUUUUGCAGAGGCGCUCGAAAAGUUGGAACGAACUCUAUUUUCUGUUGAGGUUUUGGUAUGGCUUGGAGUGGAGUGGCUCUCGAUGCAUAUUGGGAGGUACAUUGUGACGAUGUUAAGCACUGGAGUUAUUCUGUUGAUUGGGUUUCAGUUAUCAGGCGGGGAUGAUCAGAUGAAUGCAUUAGUUUGGUACAGUUGGCUUGGAGGAAUUAUUAUUGGGACAAUGAUUGGUUCCAACAUGGUGCUAGACGAAGUGAGUCGAUCUGGGCCCCGCAAUGUUGUUAUAACUGGAAGUACACGAGGACUUGGAAAAGCUUUGGCGCGUGAAUUUUUACUUUCAGGUGACAGGGUUGUUGUUACUUCUCGCGACCCUGAAUCAGUUGACUUGACCAUCAAAGAACUAGCUGAGAAUCUGAAGGAAGUCAUAUUUGCCACAGGUGGUACAUCUAAAAAACAUUUACGCCAUGCAAAAGUAGUGGGAAUCUCAUGUGAUGUCUCUAACCCUGAAGAUGUUAGGAAGUUGGCAAAUUUUGCUGUCACUUCACUUGGUUCAGUUGAUAUCUGGGUGAACAAUGCAGGGACAAACAAAGGAUUUAGGCCUUUACUACAGUUUAAUGAUGACGACAUACAACAGAUUGUGUCAACAAAUUUGGUUGGGUCGAUACUUUGCACUCGUGAAGCAUUACACAUAAUGGGAGGCCAAACAAAGGGUGGCCAUAUUUUUAACAUGGAUGGUGCAGGAUCUGGGGGGUCUAGCACUCCACUAACUGCUGUGUAUGGGUCGACAAAAUGUGGUCUUAGGCAGCUUCAGUCGUCUCUUCUGAAGGAGUGUAGGAGAUCAAAGGUUGGAGUCCACACUGCCUCACCAGGCAUGGUUCUCACUGACUUGCUAUUAAGAAUGGUUGGCCGCAAAGACUUCAACUGCGUGUUUCUAAAGUUAGAUAUAACAACUUUUGUGUUCGAAAAACAUCUUAUAAGAUCUUUUAUUGGUUCGAGUGUACAAAACAAGCAGAUGUUUAAUAUCAUUUGUGAGCUCCCUGAGACAGUAGCCAGAACUUUAGUUCCACGAAUGAGAGUUGUAAAGGGAAGUGGGAAAGCUAUCAACUAUUUGACUCCUCCAAGGAUAUUACUAGCUCUUGUCACUGCAUGGCUCAGACGUGGCCGCUGGUUUGAUGACAAGGGACGAGCACUAUAUGCUGCUGAGGCGGAUAGACUGCGUAAUUGGGCUGAAAGUCGAACCCGUUUUUCUUUCACUGAUGCAAUGGAGAUGUAUACAGAGAACACCUGGGUUUCUGUGUUUUCACUCUCUGUGGUUUGUGCUUUCAUAAUCUUAUCAAGCACCAAUACUACUCUGCCUGGGACAUGAUGAUGCUCUUUCUUUGUCAUAGGGUUUAAAUUGUUAGCCACUACCCCAAUCUUCCUUACUAGAUUGACCUUGCUCAAAUUGUAAUAUAUUCAUUCAGUAAUAUUAUAUUGAUACAAAUUCAUUGGCCCUCUAUGUUUUACCUUAUUACAUUAUUAACUUUUCAUAUUUUCUUAUGAUUGACUCUAAUUUUUUUUGAGAGAG